GCGCCCCGCAAGCAGCUCGCCACCAAGGCGGCGAGGAAGUCGGCGCCGACCACCGGCGGAGUGAAGAAGCCCCACCGCUACAGGCCCGGGACCGUCGCCCUCCGGGAGAUCCGCAAGUACCAGAAGAGCACGGAGCUGCUGAUCCGCAAGCUGCCGUUGCAGCGCCUGGUCCGCGAGAUCGCGCAGGACUUCAAGACCGACCUCCGCUUCCAGUCCCACGCCGUGCUGGCCCUCCAGGAGGCGGCCGAGGCGUACCUCGUCGGGCUGUUCGAGGACACCAACCUGUGCGCCAUCCACGCCAAGCGCGUCACCAUCAUGCCCAAGGACAUCCAGCUCGCCCGCCGCAUCCGUGGGGAGAGGGCCUAAGCCGUCCUCCCCGUCAACGCCGUUAGUGGAUCGGAAGUGGAAUGUGUUGCUUCCGGUUGUUGUUUGUUCCUAAUUGCCGUGCUAGGUCUAUCUUCUUUUGUGUAGAAGAAAUAUGGUUGUUGGAGUAAGACGAACUUGAUAUGUGAUGAUGUUCCUUCUGGUUUGUGAUGAAGCAAACGUAUGUUUAUGAUGAA